AUGUUAAGUCCAACUAAUUCAACUGUUUCACCUUCAGUCCUCUCAUCCUCUUCUCCUGAUUCUCCUACGCAUAGUGCCCUUAUCAGUUUAUCUCAACUCGACACCAACAGUGAUGCCUUUCAGUAUGAAUCAAAUCUAAUGCGUUUGCAACGGCAGCAAGCAGCUUUAGCUGCAGGUGCAGCUUAUGCUAGUUUGCGUCGGAACGAUUGCAAUUCAGUUUUAGUACCAGUGAGUUCUGCUUUAUCAUCACUGUCUCGACCAACCAGCGAUACUUUUUCACUCAAAGGUGCUGAACCUCAUGUGACUAUGUCUAUAGAAGAAUAUCAAGCAUUAAUAAAAGCAGCAAAAGCAGGCGGUGCUUUGGUUCCAGCUUCAAGUUCUGAUCCUUGCUCUACCCAUUCCGUUUCUAAUUCUCUAGUAGAUGUCAAGCGAAACAUUUAUUCUCCACCUGAUCAAGAAGUCAUGUUAAACGUCGGUAAUACUCAUGGUAUUAUACGACCUUCACUAAUUCAAUGUGCAUCUGUGACGGAUUACACGGAACUAAGUGUUGCAGCAUCGAAUUUGCCACGUACAGCAUAUAAACUUACAUCAGAUAUGGAAAAAAAAGUGAAAUACAUUCACGCUACAAUUCAUGAUGAGUUGAAUACAAACUCGCCUAAAUUAUGCAGUGAUCGGGAAGUUUUAAAGCAAGUAAUUUAUCGUGAAGGUGACUCUCAUCAUAAUUAUCAGCUUAAUUCGGCAGAACUACGUGCACUUGAUAUUGUUGGUUUUAAUUCAGAAUCUUUGUGUUUUAAUGUUCGCGAUGCAUUUGCCUGUAUGAACGAGCCAAUCGAAGAUCCUCGAAAGGCAGCGUGUUUGAAGAAAGCUACUCAUGAUCCAACAGAUAUUCUUAACAUCAUGGAUAUUACAAUGCGAAGAUUAGUGAAAAUGGCGAAAAAAUUGCCAGCAUUCAAUGAUUUAUCACAAGAUGGAAAGUUUGCUCUUUUAAAAGGCGGUAUGGUGGAAAUGUUAACGAUGCGUGGUGUGACUCGUUUUGACAUGGAUCAAAAGUGCUGGCGCACACCAGUGGUUUCUGAAGAUCAUAAAAUAUCAUUAGGGAUGUUUGAUCAGUUAAAAGAUGGACUUCGUGAUCGUCAAAAAGAUGGUUUUCUCAAAUUCUGUCAGUCGCUUCAUCCGGAUAUUAGGAAUAACGAGCUUGCUAUUGACUUGAUUGUUCUGAUUGUGUUAUUUGAUUCGAGUCGUGAUGCUCUUUUGGAUCCAACUGAUCGAAUUACUGUUGCUCGCCAUUGUCAAGAAUAUCAAACUCUCUUACAUCGCUAUAUGGAAUCAAUGUAUGGUCGUGAGGCACGGUCGCGCUAUGAACAUCUCUCUGAAUCAAUAAGAAUCUUGAGAAUUGUCAGUCAAAACGCCGUGACGUUAUUUUUGGGAUGUGUUGAUCCCAACCAGUCUGAAGCACUUCCUAAGGAAUUCUUCAAAACUGCAUAG